GUACGUAGAUCCUCGUGUCGCUGCUCCAGGACCUUUCACUGUACCCGCGGCGCUCCUUGCUGGGUAGUUGUGCCAACCCCAUACAGCCUAUAAAACGCCCCGCGCAUCUGAUCCCCUCCGCCUCCUUCCAUUGCUCCGCGAGAUAAAGAAGCAAAGAGAACGAGAUCGCCAUGUCGUCGCCGACGGUAUCGGAGAUGGAACACGACGAGGCUGUCCUCCGGCGAAUGGAAUCCCUCCACGUGGCAGUCGACCUCCUUCCCUCCUCCGAGGCCUUCCUCAAGGCGGCCAUUUCUCUCAAGGACCAGGUGUUGGAGGCCACGUGGAAGGGAUCAGGAGGCGGACGGUGCAUCGAUCCGACGGCGUACGUGGGCCUUCUCGGUACGGCCAUCACGUGCCUGAGGGCGUACGAGGUGACGGGUAGCCCCGCGGAUCUCCGGCUCGCUGCCGAGAUCGUAGAUACGUGUACAGCCGCCGCUCGGAGCUACAGAAGGCGCGUGACAUUCUUGUGCGGGAGGGCCGGAGUGUAUGUGCUUGGGGCCGUGGCAGCUAACUACGGAGAAGACACGCAGCGCCGGAAGCUCUUUCUAGACCUUUUCCUUGAGGUGGCCCAGGAGAGAGCCCUUCCGAUCGGACCGGAGGAGGGCGGACUCGGCAUGCCCUACGAGCUCCUCCAUGGCCGGGCCGGCUUCCUCUACGCGGCGCUUUUCAUCAACAAGCACCUCGGACCGGGUUCAAUCCCGGCUGAGCUCCUGGACCCGGUCGUGGAGGCGGUUUUGGCUGGCGGCCGAGCAGGGGCCUCGGACAACCCGGACUGCCCCCUGAUGUACCGGUGGCAUGGAACCCGCUUCUGGGGCGCGGCCCAUGGUCUGGCUGGGAUCCUCCACGUACUGCUCCACUUCCGGCUUAAUGGAUCGGACCGGGAGGACGUGAGAAAAACCGUGAGGUAUAUGGUCCAGAACCGGUUCGGACACAGUGGAAACUAUCCUUCGAGCGAGGGCAAUCCCAGGGAUAAGCUGGUGCAAUGGUCCCAUGGUGCUGGUGGUGUGGCUAUCAUGCUUUGCAAGGCUGCUCAGGUGUUCCCUGAUGAGCGGGAGUUUCGUGAUGCAGCCAUUGAAGCAGGGGAAGUGGUGUGGAAAAGAGGGUCUAAUCAGAAAGUUGGGCUUGCCGACGGCAUCGCUGGAAAUGCCUACGCUUUCCUGUCGUUGUACCAGCUAACAAAGGAGAAGGUAUACUUGGAGAGGGCUGAAGCAUUUGCCGGCUCUUUGUAUCACAAUGCUUUCAAGCUUGUAGCCCGUGAUCAAGUCAAUGGUGGUGAGAAUACUUACUCUUUGUUCCAGGGUCUGGCAGGUGUGGCUUGCCUCUGGUUCGACUUGAUGACACCAGAGAGUGCUAGUUUUCCAGGAUUUGAGCUAUGAUAGCAUAUGUAGGGAGCUUACAUUGUAUAUAUUUCUAUAAUUAGCGUAUAAUGUGGAGGCAUAUGCAAAUUGUCAAUGCAACAUCUUGACAAGCUCA